AUACAACACCUGCCCAACCCUCAAGUUUAUGACCCUCGAGUUCAUACUUACAUACGGAAUUCUGAUGCUCGAAUUGUUCUUCAAAGCUCGUUCCAGUCUUACAUUUCUUCUUCGAACAUGAGUGGUAGAGGACGGAAGUUGCCUUCAUGGAUGAUGAAAUGUACUGCUACUGAGCAAGCAAGCAGUUCAGAGAGAAAAGAAGAAACCAACGAAAAUGGUUUUGUAGAGCCUCAUAGCAAAGCUGUUGAGCCCCAGAAGAAAGUUGAGGCAGAUGAGACAGGGGUCCCAUUGAUUGAGAAUACAUGUAAUGUGCUUAAAAAAUGUGAAGCAAAAACAAGAAAAAGAAAGUCAAACAAGCUUGAUGAAGGUCAAAGUGAAAGAGUACAAGAAGAUGAAUCGUGUUUUAUUAAACCAUGUAAAGGAACUAGAAGCAAAAGUAAGCCUGCUGAAGAUCAAGUUGAUGACUUCCUUGAAAGUCAUAUAGAGAAGAAAUCUGAUGGUAUAGUGAGGAAAAGAGUUCGACACAAUGCUCCUAGGAAGAAGCACACACAAAGUUCAACAAAGAAAUUUCAUAAUGUAACAGCAGAAUCCAGUCCAAGUGAAGAUGACCUUACCGUGGAAGAUCUAGUAAGCAUUGCUGAAGAGUAUGUGAAAGCUGACAGGGAAAAAGAGUAUGAAAAGUCAAAGAAUCUGGAACUUGAACCAAAGACCAAGCCUGUACUUAGGGAAGACUUUCAGAUUGGUGCAGAGAAGGUUCUCACUUCUCGGACGGAAAAGAGAUUGAUCACUGAUCAGCCACUCUCUUCAAAUUCCUCCUUGACCAAGCCUUUAUCUGGCCAAGGAAGCAUCAUGAAUAUGAGUACUACUGAUGACCCUGCUCGAGAUAUGCUUGAAUUGCUUUUGGGUCGCCGGCUAAAGAAGUUAGAAAAUGUAGAGAGGAAGACUGAUGCUAUGACUGAGAAAAUCACACAAGACUACGAGCUCAGUAAAAGGAGUCAAAAUGACACUUUAACGGAAGUGGCCCCUGUGAUGAAGAAGAAACUUAGUCUUAAAGACAAAGUAGCAAAAUUCUUGGAUGGAAUAGUUGAGUAAGCUGAGCUUGAAAGACUACCAAUUAUACGGCACAUAAAGCCCAGCUUCCGAGCAUUUUGGAUUAGUUGCAGCAAUCUAUUUCUCAGAGCCUAAAAUGAUGAUGGCACCCUCAGCAGCAUCAAUGACCUUUGAUCUGGAAUUGAGACAAAAAUAUCUUUCCGGGGUUCAGGUAUUUCUGGAUGGGAACAGGUUCUUCAGUUGAUUGACUGCUGCUUUCCGACUUUUUUGGUAAGUGGACUUUGCCUACUAGCAAUUUCUUCAAUGUGCAGUGAGGACAAGCCUCUUUAAUAGCUAGACCAUUUACUAUAAGCUUUAUCAUACAUGAUAGAGUCGGUUAUUGCAACUUGCUAAGAAAAUCCAGAUUGUUCAGGAAGAACUAUCACUGUAGGAAUGGAGACCGUGCAAUAGAACAAAGGCGAACUGAUCAAUGAGAUAGGCCAGCGUCACUAUUCGUCUGUGCAUUAGCAAAAGAAAUGCAAUGGCAGUUGUGGGUCAAUCAAACAAUUUUAUGUUGCUAUAAACGAAAGUUGCUCGGUUGAGGAUCUCAUGCGAAACUUUCGGAGAAUAGGCUACUUGAGAAAAAUCCUGUUGAGUUGAUCUUCCUGCAGAUCAGAGCUUUUCUGGCUUUCGAGAUAGCUCAGCGGAAUACACACUAUACUUGAAAACACUUUGUGGAGCUUUUAAACUAGUGCUGUGCAAUGCACGAACUGUAAUUAACAUUGAUUGUAUUCUACCUCUUAAUUCUCAAGUAAACACUUCCUUAUUUGUGAUUAGAAUGGGAGUAAUAUGUUGACUUAGUAAUAUAAUAUCCGAAUCAAUGAAAAUGAUUUAAUCAAAUUUCACACUUAUAGUUGUAUAUGUCGAAAAAUAAAAUAAUAAUCCAGCUAUUUGUCUUGUAUAUAUACUUAGUUUUGUAUAGGUCAAUACAGGAAAGAUGAAUAAUUAUUGAUAUUGUUUUAUUGUUUUAAACUUGUAAUAACAUUGAUUAUUGAUAUACCUAAGCUAUUGGUAA